AUGGAGACCACAGCCGCUUCUCCAGCCGCCGAGCUAACCACGUUACAGGCAUCGGCGCUGAUGCUGGCAUACUCCGUCAUCUACGUGCUACCCCUUUAUGCAUCAGAUGCUACAAGGCCCUCCCCGUCACGGUCCAGAGAUGACCUCGCCGCCAUCCGUGCCCGUGUGCGAGCCGUGACGCUCUCCACCGUCGCCUGCUCCGUCGUCACACUCAUCACCAUAUACCGCCUCGACCAACAGCAUGCCGCCCUCUACUUGAUGGGCUACUGGCCCGUUCGCCUAUCUGAGUCGGCCAAGGCUACGCUGCUCACAGCCAUCCUCUUCGCCGGCCCUCUCUACGAGAGCCUCCUUAUCGACGGCGGCUGGCGCCAUCUUGGCUCCGGCUUACAGCAUCUCUGGCGGAGUUGGCCAGAAUGGCGCAACAUUGUUGCCGGACCUGUUACCGAAGAAUGUCUAUUUCGCUCUGCCGUAGUCCCGCUCCUGGUAUUGGCCAAGGCUAGCCCCGUUCAUACCAUCUUUCUCUCGCCUCUUGUAUUCGGCGUUGCUCAUAUGCACCAUUUUUACGAGUUUCGCCUCACCAACCCCGAAGUUCCCAUCUGGGUGGCGCUCCUGCGCACGGUUAUUCAGCUGGCAUACACAUCUGUGUUUGGAGCCUAUGUCACGUUCCUAUUCCUUCGAACAGGAUCCCUUCUCGCUGUAGUGCUCGUACACGCAUUUUGCAACUCUUUGGGCCUUCCCCGGGUCUGGGGCUAUAUGGAACCGUAUUGGCUACCCACGAACACAAGCAGGGACUCUCCCUUUGGUCUCCUUUGA